AUGGCUGGUUCAAGCUCGACAUCGGGCACAGAACACCCGUCAGAAUCUGGGAGUGACGCUGUUGUCUUACAUGAAAAUUUUGCGCAGAAUCUUGCUGAAUUUGUUGCGGUUGAGAAUCUCCCUCUCGAUUUAGGCAGUGGGCCACCGUUUGAGCAUCUUUGCCGGUCGCUAAAUCCCGCCGCCGAACGUGUUCCGACUGCUACACUCACGCGCACGGUGAAAAGUUCAUACCGCGAAAGCAAAAAGGCUCUGAUCGAGCAAUUAGCCUGCGUGAAAACACAAGUUUCUAUAUCUGUCGAAAUUUGGCGUGAUUAUUGGCAAGUCCAUUCGUAUAUAUCUGUUACUUGUCACUGGAUAGAUGAUUCUUGGUCCAUCCAGAGAAGAUUGCUAGGGUUCAGAUUGUUGCAGGGAGCUCACACGGCUGAAAACAUCUGUCGAACCGUAUUAUCAGUCUUGGCAGAGUACGAUUUACUCGGUAAGAUCUUCUCGAUACUGUUUGAAUGUGUCGGCUCGAAUGUUGCGAGCAUUGAGGAUCUGAAGCCUACUUUCGAGUCGUUGGUUGGCUGUAGAGCUUUUCCUUUUGUAGACGUGUGUCGCGUUUUGAGUUUAUGUGCACGAGACGGAUUACAGCAAGUAGAACUUCAACUCGGGCCUAUUAGGCAAGCGAUCGGCUACUUGUGGUCGAACCCACAGGUCAUGAACCAGUGGUCUAAAUUCUGCAAGACCAACAAUACGAAGUCCGAAAAAUUUUCACGCGAGAUCCCAACUCGUUGGGAUUCAACUUAUUUGUUGCUGCAACAAUUUCUCAAGCACAAAGAGCUGUUGCGUAGAUUUUUCGCGUUAAAUGUCAAAGGAACACUCUUAUUUCCAAACCAAUGGGCGGUGUGUGAAAAAGUUUGUGUUCUUUUGGAGAAGUUUUAUGAGGGCAUACAGUUAAUUUCGAAUGAUCACUAUUCGAAUCCCAGUUCACUGCUAACUUUCGUUGGAUACAUUUCAUGGAAUUUAAACAAGUAUUACAAGGACGAGGAUCUAAAACAUUGUGUCGAGGCAAUGAGGAGCAGAUUAGGAAAACAUGGUCUAAACCUCCCGGUGAUUAAUUUAGUCGCCAAUGUUUUGGACCCUCGGAUAAGACUCGGCAAUCUCAAACAUCGCCUGACAAUGUAUUAUGAUAAUUUAAUCCCUGUCAAAGACGAGCAUUCACCUGACCCUGGUAUUAUUGAGAGCAAUGUUAGACAACACCUGAAUGAUUUCUACCUAGAGUACAAGUCAAAGAAAUUAUGGAAGAGAGCAGGAGACAAAGGCAAGCAUACCUAG